AUGGCUUCAUCCCUGCUCACCGCCGCAGUCGCUAUUGUGCUUCUUAGCCUACUGCUUGGAUCUGCAGAGCAAGUGAGUGGACUGCGUCACAUUCCCAAGUCCCACAAGACCACUGAUGUCAAACACCCUGACUUUCUUGUCACCAUUGAGCCCAGACCAACUGUUCUCAUCCCUGGUGUUGGAAGGUUCUUGCUUCCUCCCAAGUGUAAGAAGCCAUUCUUCCCUUACAAUCCUGUCACCGGAGCUCCCCUCACUGGUGGGUCUAUCCCAUCAUAUGGUGGUGGACAAGGCGGCGGGACUCGCACCCAACUCCCUGGUGGCGAUGAUACGCUUGUCCCAAAUCCUGGAUUUGAAACUCCAACCCCGACCAUUGGAGCUGGCGCUGGAACCAGCGGCCAAGUUCCACCAGUGCCACUACCCUGA